AUGGCGCCGCGCGAGGGGAAGUGCGCCAGGUACCAUGUUCCCUGUUUGUUUCUUCAACCAGGCAGCAAUGAUAUAGUCCUUUUUGAGCAAUUUGGUGGUGACCCAAGCAAGAUAUCCUUUGUGAUAAGGCAGACACGAAGUGUGUGCGCACAAGUAUCAGAGGAACAUCCAGCCCAAAUUGAUAGUUGGAAUUCUUCUCAACAGACAAUGCAAAGAUAUAGACCUGAACUUCGCCUGGAAUGCCCAAAAGAUGGACAGGUCAUCAGCAGCAUCAAGUUUGCAAGCUUUGGGACACCGAGCGGCACGUGCGGAAGCUACAGCCAUGGAGAAUGCAGCAGCACUCAGGCUAUCUCAGUUGUUCAGGAGGCUUGCAUUGGAGUGAGCAACUGCAGCGUGCCAGUGUCGUCGAAUUACUUUGGAAAUCCAUGGACAGGGGUCACAAAAAGCCUUGCGGUUGAAGCUGCAUGUUCGUGACAAGUCUGAUUAACAUUGGUUCAUAGGAAGCAAAAUCAGUGGGGAGAAUGUGAAACCUUCUCUAUGUAGGCAAGCAGGCAAAAAGGAAUAAAUGUUCCCAUCCUGGUCAAAAGGAAUAAAAAUAUUCCCAACAUUGCUAUAUCCAAGCUAUUAGAUGGU